AUGCAGGGUGCUUCUACCACCUCCACUCUCCUUCUUGUUAUUCCCUCCCUCUUAUUCAUCUCCUACUUUCCCAACAUGGUCAAUGGGGACUGCUGGCUCAUUGAAGGGGACAAAGGCUAUGUGUGGCUGGCCAUCUGCAGUCAAAACCAGCCACCGUAUGAGACUAUCCCACAGCACAUCAACAACACGGUCCAUGACUUGAGGCUGAAUGAGAACAAGCUGAAAGCUGUGCUCUUCAGCUCCAUGUACCGCUUCACCAACCUGACUGACCUCAACCUCACCAAGAAUGAAAUCAGCUAUAUAGAGGAUGGAGCCUUUGCAGGACAAGCAAACCUACAGGUUCUUCAACUGGGCUAUAACAAGCUGACAAACUUAACUGAGGGUAUGAUGAGAGGUCUAGGCCGUAUGCAGUGCCUCUUCCUCCAACACAACCUCAUUGAGAUUAUAGCCAGCAAUGCAUUCUGGGAGUGCCCAAGCCUCAGCAGCAUUGAUCUGUCAUCCAACAAACUUGCCCGCAUCGAUCCAUCUACAUUCACAGUUCUCAGUCGGUUGAUGGUGUGUGAACUGGCAGCAAAUCCAUUCCAUUGUGGCUGUGACCUUUACAGCUUCCUAACCUGGUUGGAGUCCUUCAACAAUGUCACUCACACCUAUGACCGCCUUCAGUGUGAGACGCCCCGAGAGAUGUUUGGUUUCCCCUUACUGAGUCCCAUUGCAGCUGGCCAUGCUGGACGUAAUGCCAAAAACAUUUUGUACGCCCACUGUCGAGAUGGAGUGAUGAUUCCAGGGAUGACCUCUCUUCCACCAGAUCUGGAUGGUCCCUCUGGGAUUGGACAAGAGAUGUUUGGUGGUGUGGGGCCGUACCAUGACCCCACCCCCUCUUCCUCAUCUACAGAACACAGCUUCAUUCCUAGCAUCAAGCUCCAUCAUGUCUCUUUGUCAUCAGCCUCACUCAUUGUGCAGAUUCCAAGGCCCUACAGCAAAAUGUAUAUUCUAACACAGUACAACCACACUUUUGUGUCUGAUGUCAUGAACUUGAAAAACAAAAAGGAAAUGAUCACCCUCAACAAGCUCAAACCUCACACCAAUUAUACCUUCUGUGUAGCAUCCAUCCGCAACUCUCAACGUUACAAUCACACCUGCCUCCAAUUUUCCACUCGGGCUCAAACUCCAAAUGAGAUUGUCGCCACACCUUCAACCACAACUCACUACAUAAUGACCAUUGUUGGCUGCCUUUUUGGCAUGCUUAUUGUUUUAGGCCUGGUCUACUAUUGUCUGCGUAAGAAGCGCAUGCAUGAUGAGAAGAAGAAAUCCAUCUGUGUCAAGAAAACUAUACUGGAAAUGCGCUAUGGACCAGAGGUGGCAGCAGCAGUGGCAAAUGAUCCAUCGGCAGUCCACAAACUUCAGGAGCAGUCCAGAGACCAUCACCAGUAUCAGCACCACCAUGGAGGCAAACUUCCCAUGUCCACAUCCUCUAGCUCUGGAAUGCUCCACUCAGCCAACACCAGUUCCUCAAGGCUCUCCUCAAUCCCACAAGUGGAAAAGAUGGCCACUGCCUUUUCUGAGGCCUUGGCUACAAGUAAAGGAAACUAUAUGGAUAUCAGAAGUGGAGGACCAGGGAUGCAGAGGUUGGGUGAUGAUGUGCAUGGAGGAAUGCGAGGGGAAGACUUUAGGGACGAUGAUGGGACUGACAUUGGGGAUGACUCAGAUGAUGAUGGACAUGGCUCUGCAUCAGAAAUCUCCACCAUUGCCAUGGAGGUGGACAAGGUAAACCAGAUCAUUAACAACUGCAUUGAUGCACUGAAACUGGAUGCAGCAGCCGUUGCUGCUUCUGGAGUCUCCAACCCUUCAGGCUCCUCCAAUCCCACCUCCCCUCCACCCACAACCACAUCUUCCCUUACUCGUGGCCUAAUCCCACUCUCCCAAGGGGUGACAGAGACAUGCCAAGUCAUUGCUCCCAACAAGAUUCCACCUCCACCUCCACUCCCUGCCUUGAAUGCCCCUCUCUCUGAGCGCCCAGGGAUCAGUGGUGGUGGUUUUGUGGUCACACCCCCCUACAGGCCCCCUCCUCCAGCCACUGCUGUACGUCCAAUUCAGCGACAAAUGAGUGCAGAUGCAGCUGUGGUUAUUGUAAAUGCUGUCAAGAAACAGUGCAGCACCACCUCUUGUGGCUCCAUGGGUCGGGACAGGGAACGUGGAGGAGCUAGGGUGUAUAGCCUAGAUGUUCCUGAGCCCAGGAGCCCGGAUGCCUGUAAUCAACAACAGCAGCAGUACCCAGACCGGGCCAGUCCAGUGGGCUGUGGAGAGCACCUGGAGAGGCUGUCUUUAGUGGGGAAUGUAAGCUGUGUUGGAGGGGGUGGUGGUGGUUGCGACAGUGGUGGUGUUGGUGCCCAUCAGGACAACCAGAAACCACACCAUUGCCAUCAACAGCAACAAAAACAUCAUCAACAACAACAACAACAGCAACAGCAGCAGCAGCUGGAGGUGCAGCAGGACUACCACUGCUCGGAGCACCGCCACUCCGUCCCAGCUCUCUACUAUGAAGGCUCUCACCAGGGCUCCCCAGCCCAGAAGGUUUCCUUCCUAAAACCACUGACGCGCUCCCGUAGGGAUGCGGCAUCUUACUCCCAGCUUUCGCCUGCUCACCAGCAUUCCAGUUACUCUGGUUACUCUUCCAGCCCAGAGUACUCCUCAGAGAGCUCACUGCGGAUCUGGGAGCGCUUUCGUCCCUAUCGCAAAGGCCAGCGGGAUGAAGCCUGUUAUGUGACGGCCGGAAAUGCCCUUCGAAAAAAGGUGCAGUUUGCUAAAGGAGAGGACCUGCAUGACAUACUUGAUUAUUGGAAGGGUGUGUCGGCACAGCAGAAGCUUUGACUGGGGGACCAGAGUCAAACAUUGCAGGAAAAACAAUGUGGAAACUUCUACUUAUGCUAAGGUCAUGGGAAGAAAAAUGUAGGGCAACAUUCUGCCUUUGGGGUUUUUUCUGGCAUGCUAGGUGUAUAGAAUAUUGUGCUAAGUGCACGGACUGUGAAACUGUGCCUGGGAAAUGAGAGUCAUCAUGGUGUUUUAUUUUACACUUCAUUGUAGCACCAUUUCUGGAUUAUUCUCAUUUAAUGUUUGUGGAUUUUAUUUAUACCACAGGAAGCAAAAGUCAA